CUGAUGCCGCGAUCGACACUCGAUUGCCAGUAGUCACACGAGGCACAACCAAAUACCGGAGACCAGUCCAACAGUCAAGCGCCCAAAAGAAACCAAAGAUCAGACAAAUCGACAGAGAGAGAGAGAGACUAGUUGACGCUCCAAUUGGCACGCGGGUGACGCCGUUGCGAUAAGCGCAUAAUAUAAUAAAAAGCAAAACUAUAUAAAGACAAGUAUUAUAAAAAGUGAAAGCAAAGACAGCGUCGCAAGAGCCAAGUGCCGGAACCAAAUGGCAUUCGCUAUAACAAAUCUCCUGCAAACGCUGCGCAUUGGUUCGCUGGGCAUCAGCAAGUCGGAUGGCAGCGAUGCGAUUCUUGUGGAGAAGGCCAAGGCGAAGAUCGACUUGCAGCUAGCCGUGCCGGAGAUAACGCUGGAGGAGGUGGCGCAUCAUGAUAGCUUCGACGAUUGCUGGAUUGUCAUCUACGAUCGGGUCUAUGACGUAACACACUUUCUGCGCGAACAUCCUGGCGGCGACGACGUGAUCAUGGAUCAUGCCGGAAGAGAUGCGACCAUUGCUUUCCAUGGCACCGGCCACUCACGUCAUGCUGUCGAGCAAAUGCGCCAGUUCCUGAUCGGUGAACUGCCCCCGGCUCAAUGCAUCUUUCGCACGGGUCAGAACAAGGUGCUGUCCUCGGGCAUACCGGAGUGAGUGGCAUCGGAAGUACAUCCCACAGACACAGAUCGCACCCGUCCGACGUUUUACAUAUAUUUAUUUC